AUGGGCAACACUUUGCCUUCCGGAAAGAAGUUUCUGUACUCGGACAAUGACUAUCAGCUUGCUAUUGAGGCCUCUAAAGAGUUGGAAUAUAUUUUAGAAUCGGAAUUUCAAGCUUAUGGUCAAGGGCUACACGAGAAAGUUUCAUCUAUUGAGAGGGCGAUCCCCGUGCCGACAAUUCGAUCCAUCCGGUACGUUGCGACAUUGCGCAAUCGGCUAAUUCACGACCGAGAGAUGAAAGCGCUACCUGAUCGUCAAGCUUUUAUCAAGAAUUUUGACAAUGCUAUGGCCGAGCUUAAUAUUCUUAUUGACAAAAAGCGGCUAGACACACAUGGUACACCUGCUACAGCUCCAGGAUGCGUGAUUUCUUAG